GGCGCGUCACGUGGUCACUGGCCCCGCCUCUUCCUCUCGGUCCCAUAUUGAACUCGAGUUGGAAGAGGCGAGUCCGGUCUCAAAAUGGAGGUAAAACCGCCGCCCGGUCGCCCCCAGCCCGACUCCGGCCGUCGCCGCCGCCGCCGGGGGGAGGAGGGCCAUGAUCCAAAGGAACCAGAGCAAUUGAGAAAACUGUUUAUUGGUGGUCUGAGCUUUGAAACUACAGAUGAUAGUUUAAGAGAACAUUUUGAGAAAUGGGGCACACUUACAGAUUGUGUGGUGAUGAGAGACCCCCAAACGAAACGUUCCAGGGGAUUUGGUUUUGUGACUUACUCUUGUGUUGAAGAGGUGGAUGCAGCAAUGUGUGCUCGACCACACAAGGUUGAUGGACGUGUAGUGGAACCAAAGAGAGCUGUUUCUAGAGAGGAUUCUGUAAAGCCUGGUGCCCAUCUAACAGUGAAGAAAAUUUUUGUUGGUGGUAUUAAAGAAGACACAGAGGAAUACAAUUUGAGAGACUACUUUGAAAAGUAUGGCAAAAUUGAAACCAUAGAAGUUAUGGAAGACAGGCAGAGUGGGAAAAAGAGAGGAUUUGCUUUUGUAACUUUCGAUGAUCAUGAUACAGUUGAUAAAAUUGUUGUUCAGAAAUACCACACUAUAAAUGGGCAUAAUUGUGAAGUGAAAAAGGCCCUUUCUAAACAAGAAAUGCAAUCUGCUGGAUCACAGAGAGGUCGUGGAGGGGGAUCUGGCAACUUUAUGGGUCGUGGCGGAAACUUUGGAGGUGGUGGAGGCAACUUUGGCCGUGGCGGAAACUUUGGUGGAAGAGGAGGUUAUGGUGGUGGAGGUGGUGGCAGCAGGGGUAGUUAUGGAGGAGGCGAUGGUGGAUAUAAUGGAUUUGGAGGUGAUGGUGGCAACUAUGGUGGUGGUCCUGGUUAUAGUAGUAGAGGAGGCUAUGGUGGUGGUGGACCAGGAUAUGGGAACCAAGGUGGUGGAUAUGGUGGCGGUGGUGGAGGAUAUGAUGGUUACAAUGAAGGAGGAAAUUUUGGAGGUGGUAACUAUGGUGGUGGUGGGAACUAUAAUGAUUUUGGAAAUUAUAGUGGACAACAACAAUCAAAUUAUGGACCCAUGAAGGGGGGCAGUUUUGGUGGAAGAAGCUCGGGCAGUCCCUAUGGUGGUGGUUAUGGAUCUGGUGGUGGAAGUGGUGGAUAUGGUAGCAGAAGGUUCUAAAAACUCAGCAGAAAAGGGCUACAGUUCUUAGCAGGAGAGAGAGCGAGGAGUUGUCAGGAAAGCUGCAGGUUACUUUGAGACAGUCGUCCCAAAUGCAUUAGAGGAACUGUAAAAAUCUGCCACAGAAGGAACGAUGAUCCAUAGUCAGAAAAGUUACUGCAGCUUAAACAGGAAACCCUUCUUGUUCAGGACUGUCAUAGCCACAGUUUGCAAAAAGUGCAGCUAUUGAUUAAUGCAAUGUAGUGUCAAUUAGAUGUACAUUCCUGAGGUCUUUUAUCUGUUGUAGCUUUGUCUUUUUCUUUUUCUUUUCAUUACAUCAGGUAUAUUGCCCUGUAAAUUGUGGUAGUGGUACCAGGAAUAAAAAAUUAAGGAAUUUUUAACUUUUCAAUAUUUGUGUAGUUCAGUUUUUCUACAUUUUAGUACAGAAACUCUAACAAAAUGCAGUUUUGAAGGUGUUUCCUUGUGAGUUAACAAGUAAAGAAGAUCAUUGUUAAUUACUAUUUUGUAUGAAUUUUGCUAAAGUUAACUGUAAAGAAACACCUGCUGACUUGCAGUUUAAGGGGAAAUUUAUUCUCCCCAUUUCCAAACCAUGAAAUGAGUGGGCUCUGACAUGUGGAGAGAAUAGAUAUUUGUAUGUUUGCAAUGUGUGUUUUAGAUAAUAGAAUUGGGUAUUUAAAUUAGCAUAUUUGUGAAUUUAAUAGCAUUAAGAUUUACCUUCAAAUGAAAAAUCUCAAAAUUCCUAUUUGGUUUUUGUGCAUUUUCUUUAAAAAUGUAAUCAUAUGAUUUUAGUGUAUUAGCUUUGCUGAGAGUCCUAGCUGUGUUUAGAACAUCUCCAUUCUGCAUUCACCUUGGUCACAUGUGAACUGCUCCCAUAGUUUUAUUUGGGUGUAAAGGAUGUCUGCUGCCCUCUGUUUAAAUUUGGGAAAGGGGUAGUGAAUGUUUUCCCCUUCCUCCUAUCUUAUAAAACAUUUUUAAAAUUUUCAGAUACAGGACCACUAAGCCUGCUACAUCUGAGCAAAUUAGUGGCUGCCUUUUUUUUCCUUUUUAAAGCACAAGAGGCCCUUAAAUCUUUGGUUAUUUUCCUUGGUUUAAUAUAUAUUUUUUUGAUACAAGCUCUCAGAGCAAGAGAAUAAAAAUCAUGCAUUGUUGAACUCUUAACUGGCUGGCAUGCUUUCCUGUUUGUACCCUGUGCAUUUUACUGGAUGAAACCAAGGAUAGUCUAGAUAUAAUCAUCACAAAUGACUUAACUGCAUUAGAAGUGUAGCACAGUUGCUUAGUACAAAUAAGCUUUUUACUUCCCAGAGACCUGAAUUCAAAUUUGGAUAGUCAGAGUUGUAUUCACUUAAAAUCCCAAAGAACACACUGUUAUUCCAUGUGUAUGCUUGAACCUAAAUCAUGUUGGUAUGAAUUAACAAUUUGUUUGGAAGACCCUGGUUGAGAAGAGUUUUAGGUAACAAGGUCAUAUAUAUAAAAACCAACGUCUACUGUUUUGCGCCAGCUAGUGCUUACAAUCUCAUUCGAGCCCUAAGUAUGUGCCCUGCUGUAAUUAUUUCUUUGGCAGUUGAACGUUGAAUUUGAGAUUCUUAUUUUUGUUUUAAGAAGUACUAAGCAAAACAAGCAAUAAAAGGGGGGAUGGGGCGUGCUAGUGUUUGAAUAUGCUCUCUUGUUGCUCUAAUUCUGUGCCUCUGUGCAUUAAUAUUUGGAUGCAUGCAAUGCCAGCAUGGAAAUUGGUCUUCACAGACACUGCAGUUUUCCAGAAAACACUCACAAACCAAUAAAUGUAACAGACAACAUUCCAUUUGUUAAUGGACAUAUGUGAAUAAGCAGUGUAGAAAAUAGGCUAAUUAUUAGAAAAUGGUUAAGUCGUUAACAACUUCAAGUGUGGUUAUAUAAAUGGACACUGUCAAUGUUCAUAACUUAAACCUGGGUACAUGGUCAAAGUAAUGCUUGGGAAACAUUAAAAUUAAGCUAAAUUGUCUCAAGUUCUUUUAUUCAUAUAAUAAAGAUUGAAGGAAUGGGGGAGAUUAACAUUUCCUGUUUCUAUGUUUGUGAAAUUGUUUGACAUAACCUUGACAGUAUCCUUUAAUGGAAUAUGAGGUUAAUUGUACUGUUAACAAACUUUCUAUGUUCUGGAACUAGUUUAAUAGUGAAAAUAUUGUCAGUCAAGUUGAUGUCUGCAACCUAUAAGCAGGUGAAAUCUUGUGUAUGUGACCUGUUUAUAAGUUGUAUUAGCUUAGUUCUUGUGAACAGUGUGGAAAAGUUAAGCCAUGAGGAGAGCGAUUUAACCAGCUUUAAAGGACCUAAGAUGUGCUUUUUAAGCACAGAGUGGAUCAAAGGAGACUCACUAAGACAGGACUUCAGCAGCCUUUUGAGUAUGGACAAGUCAGCAUAAAUAAAGAAUGACAAGGCAGCAGCAAGAGCUUCAACUACAGAGAAGUGAAGGCAUAAGAUACUAUGGUGAUAGUGAGCAACUUUCCAAAAGCUAGUUAAAUCUGCUUAUUACAACUGAAAUAUCGAAGAAAGUCUAGCAGGAAGGAGCUCUUCGCCUUUUGGAACAUCAAUGAGAGAUAGUUGGCCACAGUCACUAGGUCUAGCAUUUAGACCUGCGAGGAAGGGCAAUAAGCAUUAGGUAAGGCUUGAAUUUGAAUUUUUUCACUAAUUAAAGAGUAAUUUUUUGUAAAGCAAGGUAAGAGUAAUCUUUUUGAUUUGCAGGUUGAAUGAGAACCCUACUUGCCUAAAUGAGGAAUGUCUUUCCUACCAUCUUAAAUACGAAGGUUUCUGGCUGGGUAAGGUUUGUAGCUCACAGUAAAGCCUGAUGACACCAUUUGUUUCCCUAUAAAUUUAUAUUACAUAUUUUCAAACUAUUAGGUACAUUGGCAAAAAAAAGCUUUAAAAUUUUACCUGCAAUAACCAUGAGCAUUCAUCUAGAGUCAGAGAUAAUUCAUUGUUGGUGUCUCUAGGGUGAAGUCAAGAGAAAGAGUGACCAGAUUUUUUUUUUUUUUUUUGAAGGGUUUUUGUAAUAAGCAUGACUUGUAGCAAGCAUUAAGCUUCCAGUCCUCUUCCUAGGGAAAAAGAAUGAACUUUCACAAUUGUCAGAUCAUACAGGUGUUCAGGUGGCCUCAUACAUAAAUACGUUCUCUUGCAUAUGACUAUAGGGAAUUAUUUGGAUUAAUAGAAUAAAAUUUUUGGUUCUUUUUUUUAGUUUUUUUUGUGUUUAACCUGUUACCCAGAAGCAGUGGGAGCCUACUUACACUAAAGCUCCUUUCUAAAAGACAAGCUUUUCCAAAGAGUAGUUAAAAUGUUACUCAAUUAUUAUUCAUAUCAGAUGCUGAUUGUUCAUAAGGGCUAUUACUGCUGCCUUAGAAGGGCUUGUUGAAAUUUGAGAUUAGAUGUUAAAUCACUUUUUAAAAAAAUAACACUUGGUGGGGCAGGUGAUUAAAACUGGUUUCUAAAUUAAAAAUCAGUGAAGUUCUUACAUAAACAGGAGUAGUUUGCCAUAGACUUUAUUUUCAGAAAUGGUUGGGUCUCUUUCUGUACCUAAAUGAGGGAUGAAUUUCUACACAUCACCAGAGAAUGAAGUGUUCAAUAAGGUAAUAAAUAGCCUUUAAUGACAAAUUAUUUACAACAUGGUUUUUAGUAAAGCAAUUUCCUAAGAUAGAAAACGUUUUUUAAAAGCGUGGUUCUUUUCCAGUCCAUCUCAUUUCUUUAUGAAAUAAAGUGAUUUUUAUUUAAAUGUAGUUCCACUGUUAUUUCUGAAAAAUAGGAUGCUCCUAAGUCAGCACCAGUAAACAAAAGGAUAUUUUAUACAAGGGGAGAUGAUGAAGGCAAACCCUAACUGAUUUUGUCAAAGCAACUCUUAGGUUACAGCUUCCCACACAUUUCUUUAGAAAAAAAAGGGACAAACUCAAUUUACAUUUCAUUACUUUAAAAAAAAUUGGUAUCAAAGACAAUUUGUUAAGGAACAGUUGAAAUACACUUGGUUUUGAGAGUUCUAAUACUAAGUCACAAUUUGAAAUAUCUAAUGCUGGUGUCUUGGAAUUCCAGUAAUAUCACAAAGUAGUGAGCAUGCUAAUGUGCAGGGGUAAUAAGGAUAUAUGAACAAGAUUACUUUUAAAUUUCAAUGUUUUACUCUGAUUUUUUAAGACUUAAGAGGUGGUCUGUAAUGGAUUCAAAUGUUUCAUUUGUAGUAUAAUGAAAUGUUUACAGAAAGAUAACUUUUUCAUUAAAAUAUUUUUAGAAAUGUG